UGGGGCCUCUUCAGCGCCUCGCCUCGGUGCAUUAUAUACGUGGGCCUUCAGUUGUCACCGCGACGUCGGCGGAGUCGCAUUGUGCGUUGCGUUUCUCGUUCGGCCGGCUCCGCUGGUUGCGUUGAAGAACGUUCCAAUUAUUAUCAUAGUAGUGGUGCGGAUUCGAUUCGCGCGCGAGAAUAUUUGUGUCCAUCCAAAACGUGCUUAGGGUGAAAAUAGUACAGGAACGUAUCUCUUGGAACUGCAUCAUUUGCCUGAAAUCUAAUUUCGGUCUCAUGUGGUACCACUUUUGUUCGGGAGCGAUCGGUGCACAUCAGAUCCGCCGGAAGUGGAGGAAGAAGGGAGAGUGACCUACGGAGGACGUCCUACGAGUUGCGCGCGCAUCCCUUAGGAAUAUUGUCAAACGGCGGACGCACGAUGCAGACCGAUGAAGAGAUUCAGUACGCGCCGAGGAGCCGGCCGGUGAGCUUUUACGACAAUUACAAGGACGUGCCGGUGACGUCGUCUUGCGUCACUUCCACAAUGAGUGUCGGCAAUUUGAAUCAGGUUCGCGAUGGCAAUGACACGUCCGCCGUAUCUCCGACCAACAACAACAAUAAUAGCAUUAAUAGCAGCAACAAUAAUAAUAACAACAGGGUCAGUAACGCCGUUAGCGCGGGCAACGUAUCGAAGAUUCACACUGCCAAAGUCACGGGUGCGGUGUCAACCGGGAACAUCGGGCGUAUUUCCCGCAGCGACAAAGAGAAGGAACUCGACCGGGCACCAUCGAUGGCCAACUGUUUAUCAACCACGGUUCCUGUCAAUCUGGCAGCUUCUCAAAUAGCCGGUCGACAUACGCCCACGAGAAAUUCUUUGAGGCACAGCAGGAUGAUAGUAAUGCAUCGGACCGGCCAUCGCCCGGAGAAGUUUUUACCUCCUUUGAUUUACCAUCGACGAUUAGCUCGAUGCCUGGCGGCAUUGCAGACUAUCCUCGGCGUCGCGGUGAUUUCCUUGUCAUUAUGGUUGCUGCUUUGGGCCCCGCGCCUGCCUGUCAUGGACAAUCCGUAUUGGAGCGGCAUGCCCCUCUUGAUGUCAGGAAGCUUCGGAAUUUGCCUUCUAUGCUGUUUUAAAAAGGAAUAUCCGACUCUGACUUCUGGAUUUUGUCUUUCCGUCACGAAAGUAGUUAGCGUGUUUUUGGCUGUUCUGACGACCAUUACGUGUCUGAGCGCGUGCAUAUUCUCCGCGGUGCACUUGUCACGUCUCAUGGGACUGGAAUGCACUCCGGCACGAGUAUUGAAUGCCACGUGUGUAUGCAGACCACGCGGCGAGCCGUCUGAUUCGCUCGAAGGUGCAGUCAGAUACGUCGACCUUAAUUGUCCCGAAGUAGAAAAUAUCCUGACGAUCCUCCUUAUCUUCUCGUGUACCUGCAACGGAUUGGGCGUCUUGGUAGCGGGAUGGUAUAGUUAUCUCCACUGGAGCACGCGGAACAAGAGGCCAAAGUACACCCAGGUCAGGACCAAUACCAUUUCCAUGAACAAUAAAUUCAACAGUAGACCAAUCUACAAAUUGAACCUGGAGGAACGAUGACAUUUGCUGCAGAUAUAACGAUCAAAUACGCUUCCAUUUCGUGAUUUUGUGAUUCAUUAACAUCUUCCGUAUGAUCACUAUUGUGAUUAGUUAUACAUGCGUGUACAAAGAAAUAUGAACUAUUACAAAUAAAUUUUAUUUUAUACUAAUUUAUUAACAGUUGAAACCACACACACAAACACACAUUUUGAUAAAUGCGAAACGUCAGAAAUUUGUUAAAUACAUUUUGAUAACAAGAAAAAAAGUAAUCUUUACGAAGACAUGAACAGGAAAAUUUUAUUUAAAUUAGAACUGUCCUAAUAUGAAUAACAAUUAUAAUUUUAUAAAAGAAGGAUUAAGAAAGAGGAUUAAAUAUAAGUUCAUAUUUAUUAUUAAAAAUUAACAUUGUAAUGACAUAAUAAUAAUAUUGUAAUGAUCAUAUCAUUAAAAUACGAUAAAUAUAUAGACUAUACGAUGGACCGAUUUUAUGGUUCGUAUUAAUUAACGCUCAUACUUUUUUAUUACGUGGAGGCUCAGUAUUUGUUUAAAUGUAAUGUGUAUUUAUGUGUGCAUGCGUCUGAUAGUGUGUUUGUUUUUCAACAAAAGGAACUUGCGGAAAUGAAUGAGAAUGGAUCAUUGAUUAAUUUACUUAUAUUAGGAUUAAAGCUUAUAAAUGAAUCUAGAAUACCUCAAGAAACUACUGAAGUAAGAUAACAUUAAAAAAAAUGUUUGCGUUUAUCUUUUGUACGUUAUGUGUUAGAUGUGUUUAAUGAAAUAAUAUCGAUCAAGAAUGAAUUAAUGGAAAAUAAAUCUGUGGCGAAUAAAUUUGGUACCUAUUGAAUUAU